ACACACACAGACACUAUGCACCAUUUUUACGCAGGUUUAUUGUUUCCAUUUUAUGGCAGUAUGAAAUAGACUAUCGAUUUAACUUGUCCCAUUUCAACUUCUGCCAAGAUUGGAUUUUUUUUUUCUUCUUCCCUCUCUCUAAACGCGUCGGGGCUGGGCAUCUCCAGCCAAAGGAGAGGAGAGGAGAUCACACCGGCUGCGUGUGACUCCUCGCAGGUCGGAGUGCGCAAAGCAACGCGCCCCCUGUGAUUCAUCCGCAUUUUGCAGCUGCUGUCGGCGCGCAGGUGGAGGCGCAGAGGAGACGAGGAGAGAGCCGCGCAGGACGGACUGUGGAUGAAAACAGCCAGGGAUUUUGUUUCAGUACGCGCAACAUUUUUCUUUCCACGCCAGGAGCAAACUGUUUACCCCUUUUUUUGUUUUUUGACGCUCACGUUUGGAAGCAGCUGUGAUUUUGUGCGGAGCUUUUAUUUUAUUUUUUUCUCUGGUGACAAAAGUUUGACUGUGCAACCAUGACGCUCUGCUCCACUCCUGCUCGUUUUUCACGCACUGCUGUGGAUUCCGGCUCCAGCGCGAGCGUCCAGUUCUCACUCGAGUCUUUUCGGGCUUAAUUUUUCGGCGCCAGUUCCCGAGCAAACAGUGGGGCUUUUAAUCCUCGCGCAGCAUCACCACCACCACCAUCAUCAUCAUCAUCAUCACCACCAGCACCAGCACCACUGGUCUUGCGGGAUUGUGCAUCCAUUUGAAUCAAUGUCGCGCUCCAUUAUGGACUUCCUCGGACUGUACUUCUUGCAGCUGGCGCUCAUUGGAGUCCCACGUGUGGCUCUCACCAUGGCCGGCAGGGACUGCCUGAGCGCCGGAGACACCUGCUCCAGCGACGACACCUGCAGCCCGCGACUCCGCACGCUCAGGCAGUGCGUGGCGGGCGACGGCAGCGUGAAACUGGGACCCGGGGCGCGGAACCAGUGCGAGAACGCCAUGACCGCGCUGAUGUCCACCCCGCUGCACGGCUGCCAAUGUAAACGAGGCAUGAAGAAGGAGAAGAACUGCCUGAGCAUCUACUGGAGCUUGCACCAGUCUGUGCUGCACGGUCUCAGCCUGGUGGAGAACUACCCCUACGAACCAGAGGAGCGCGGCUCCGACUACGUCCGCCUGGCCUCCAUCGCUGCAGAGUCUGAGGUGACGACGGUGAACCGCUGCCUCGACGCCGCCAAGGCGUGCAACAUAGACGAGACGUGCCAGAAGCUGCGCACGGAGUACGUGUCGGCCUGCAUCCAGCCUUCAGCCCGCUCGGGGCCGUGCAACCGGGCCAAGUGCAACAAGGCCCUGAGAAAGUUCUUCGACCGCGUUCCCCCCGACUACACCCACGAGCUGCUGUUCUGCCCCUGCACCGACACGGCCUGCGCCGAGCGCCGCAGGCAGACCAUCGUGCCCACCUGCUCCUACGAGGACAAGGAAAAGCCCAACUGCCUGGCUCAGCUGCGGGUCUGCAAGGCGGACUACGUGUGCAGGUCUCGCUGGGCACAGUUCCAGUAUGAUUGUCAACCCACGGAGCAGAGCGCCAGCGGCUGCAAGCAGGAGAACUACGGCGCGUGUCUGCUCGCGUACACCGGCCUCAUAGGAAGCACGGUCACUCCCAACUACCUUGACAACUCCACGUCCAACGUGGGGCCGUGGUGCUCGUGCGCGGCGAGCGGCAACCACAGGGAGCAGUGCAGCGACCUCCUGACCUUCUUCCACGACAACGUCUGCCUGAAAAACGCCAUCCUGGCCUUCGGAAACGGCUCGGACGUGAAAACCGGCGCCAGUCAGCCCGGGAUGUCGAGUCCGGCCACGGACGACCACGUUCCUUUCCUGGCAACAACCCCCGCCCAAGCCGUCUCCAUGGAAACAGAGCAGAACAUUCUGCGGGCACAGAUACCGACUCAGGUAAACGAGAACGACAGACUGUGGGGCGACGAGGGAGACUCGGCUCUUCCGUCUCCGGGCCUGUCGGACUGCGGGGAGCAGCCCGUCCGACCGUCUGUCCUCCUAGGCCUCGGCUGGUUCUUGUGCUCCGUGCUGCUCCUGUCUGACUAACAAGACUCCUGACCUGGGGGGGAGGGUGAGACUCUGCCACUCGCUGUCACAAAAUCACACUUUAUCUCUUUUUGUGGAACAUGACUGGAAGCAGAAGACGGCUAGGUACAGAGAGGAGCUAACGGGAGGUAAUUGCACACCUCACGAGUCACGUCACGCCCGCCCCAAACAAACUGUUGCCGACUGUUUCAUCUGAAAAUAACGUCCACAGCACAGCGAAGAGACACUGACUGUUGCAGAGCAGGAAAAGUAUAUAUAUGUAUGAAAACAUUCCUGGCAGUUGAAAUGUUAAGACUUUUCUGUGGCCGUGUUGUACGAGAGUCAAGGUGAACGUGUCCACACGCAACACUCUGCUGUUUCUUCUUUUUUCCGACACCUUUAACGAACCAAAAUGGAAGCACAUUUGUGGGUGUUGUAGUUGUGGCAAUUUGCAAAUCUAUCCAGUGUAAAGAAGAAAUUGUGAUUGAUUGAAAUAAGAGUAAGAUCCCUGAAGUCUGUCUGUCUGUAAAUGUGUCUGUUAUUUUCGUUCAAAUUGGAAUAUGCUGAGAUGUUGAGCUUUAAGUGUGAAGGCUGGAGAAAUGUACGAGUCUGGUGUGUUUUUCAGCAAAAGAAAGAGGACUACUCGUUUCUGUUUUGUAACCUAUAUGUAAAUGUGGACUUUGCUGCAGAGUAAAAAAGGAAACACACGUGUGACCAAUAGACGUUUACUGUUGCGGGAGAAGUGCCACCUGUAAGACAAAGUGUAAAGAGCACAGCUGUGCCUCAGAGAGUGGCCAUGGAUCUUUGGUGACACUAGAAAUGUGGUUCUUCUUCCUGUAGGACCAAGUGAAGCUAACAUGCUAAGAGCUAAUGGUGCCAGGGGGUUUGGAGGAGUUUGCAGGUAGAACAGAGAGGGACUCACCCAGAAGAAAAAGGCCAGGGCCCCCCGCAGGCCCCCGCCUCUCAGACUCCCGCAUUCAUGACUCCCUUGUCUUUGUCCUCCUGAGUCUUCGUCCGACGAGCUGCCGCAGACGCUGCCGCUUCUGCGCUCCCUCUGCUCUUUAUGCCGUGCAACUCGCUGGCUGCACCUGUGCUGGCCCCACCCCUGGAGCCAAUCACACCAAGCACAAACACCUGUGAGGGUGAUGCAACACUAAUUGCCCCCUUUCUCCACCUAGCACAAUUAAUACCACUCACUCCCUAAGGCCUACCUUUGUUCCCCAGACAGUCCUAUUGGCCCCGGGAGUUGACGUGAUGUCACUGUUCAAAGACAAAACAAGGAAUUGGAUUUUCAUUUCUGCUGCUCACAAACAAACAUUAAAGUCUUUUUUCUCUUGGA